AUGAUUUAGGAGCUGAUGCAUCAGAGUAACUGUUGCCUUUGCCCAGCUUUUCUCAGGAGGGAGGACAGUCAGAGAGGCUUUGCUCCUAAGGAAAUUUAUUUAAAUAUAACGGGACUGAAGUUGGAGAAAUACGUCAAGCACCCACAGAAGCAAAGCAAGAGAGCAUCCCCGGAGAUCAAUGGUGGGACGAGAGAAAUUAACUUCAUUAAGUUAAGUGAGUAGGUGGACGGGCUUUCCACAAAGAUGGCAGACGAAGAUGAUUAUGAGGAGGUUGUGGAGUACUACAUAGAAGAGGAGGUCGAGGGUGAACCAGACGAGGUGAUUACUGAGUACACUGAGACCACAUACAGAACUGGCUCCACACCGCAGACAGUAACAACAAGACAUACUUCAGAAACAAGCAGGCAUCCUUCAGAAACAAGAACGCAUACUUAUGAAACCACAACAUCACGUACACAACCUCCGGAAACCACAGACACUUCUCACAAGGCCUCCCAUCCUGUCAGGAAAAAAGUUGUACGGAAAAAAGUGGAUACAUCUAAGUUUCUGACACCUUACUUGGAUCACAGUUCAAAAAUGCAAAAGCUCUUCAGCGAGAAAAAGUACAAGGAAAAAUUUGAAAAAGAAAAAGGAAAACCAUGUGGAAUAACAACAGAUACUCCUGAACUUCGGAGAAUCAAGAAAGUCCAGGACCAGCUCAGUGAGGUUAAGUAUCGCAUGGCUGGGGAGGCAGCUCGAACUGACUGCCACGUGGACGAAAAAUCAAGGGACAUUGAGCAUGCAAAAAAAGUUUCUCAGCAAGUCAGCAAGGUUUUAUACAAACAGAACUGGGAAGAAAAUAAGGAAAAGUACCUGCUUCCUCCUGAUGCUCCUGAGCUUGUUCACGCUAUAAAAAAUACAGCCUUGUUCAGUAAGAAACCUUACGUUGAAGAGUGGGAAGCAGACAAAUCCCUCUUCUAUCCUUAUGAUGACAGUCCUGAACUUAGGAGAGUUGCAAAGGCACAAAAGGCCCUCAGUGAUAUUGUUUACAAAAAAGGACACGCUGAGCAGAAAUCGAAAUACACUUCUGUGCCUGACCCCCCUGAUGUGGAGCUUGCCAAGAAAGUUACUCGACAGCUCAGUGACCACAACUAUCACGAAGACUAUAACAAGAAGAAGGGCAAAUGGAGCCAAACACCAUGCUAUGAUGUUGCAGUUGCCAAAAUGAACUCUGACAACUUGAGCCCAAGAAAAUAUCAGGAAGACUGGGAAUCUAAGAAAGACCAAAUCUACUUCAUGCAGACAGAAACACCAGAGUAUGCAGUUAAUAAGUGUGCUGGAGUUGCUGCCAGUAAGGUGAAAUACAAGGAAGAUUAUGAAAAAGCCAAAGGUUCAGCAGAUUAUAACGUACUUCCAGCAACUGAGAAUCCGAUGCUCAGGCAUCUAAAAGCUGUUGCAAAUAAUGUAAAUGAUAGAUUAUAUAAGGACGCCUACGAGAAAGCCAAAGCGAAAAGUAUUAACUACUGUGAGACUCCAAAGUACAAAAUCGACAAUGUCCUGAAAGACUUUAGUGAUAUCAAAUACAAAGAGCCUUACAUAGCCAAUGUCUUGGGCCGGUACAUAGGCAGCCAUGAGGACCCCUAUCAGAUACAUUGCAUGAAGGUUGGCGCUAUGACGAGCGACAAAAACUACAAAGCCGACUACGAAGAAGAAAAGGGUAACUGCUACUUCCCCCAGACUUUGACUCCAGAAUAUGAAGUCCAGAGGAAGCUGGACAAGUGCAAAGACGUUGUCUAUAAGAAGCCUCCAGAUCAGAUUAAGUUCACUCAGGCGGUGGAUUCUCCUGUUUUGGUACAAGCACAGAUUAAUACCAAGCAGUUAAGCGAUAUGAAUUACAAAGCCAAACAUGAGGCAGAAAAAUCCAGAUGUUCCAUACCUCCAGAUACUCCUUUGCUUCUCCAGUCCAGAGUCAAUGCUUAUAAUAUCAGUGAUAACUGGUACAAGUAUGACUGGGAUCAAUCCAAAGCAAAGAAGUUUGAUAUCAAAAUGGAUGCCAUCCCAAUUCUGGCUGCCAAAGCGAAACAAAAAAUUGCGAGUGAUGUUGAGUACAAGAAGGGCUAUGAAAUGAGCAAAGGGAGGCUUAUUGGAGCCUUAAGCGUUGAGGAUGAUCCUAGGAUCUUGCACUCACUGAAAGUAGGCAAGCUGCAAAGUGAUAGAUUAUAUAAGGAACCGUAUGAAAAAGCAAAAGGAGUAAGCAUUAACUAUUGUGAGACUCCACAGUACCAGGUCGACAACACUCUUAAGAACUUCAGUGGGGUGAAAUACAAAGAGCCUUACAUAGCCAAUGUCUUGGGCCGGUACAUAGGCACCUUUGAGGACCCCUAUGAAGCCCAUUGCAUGAAAGUUGGAGCUAUGAAGAGUGACAAAAACUAUAAAGCAGACUAUGAAGACGAAAAGGCUAAAUGCUAUUUCCCUCAAACCAUAACUCAAGAAUAUGAAGCCAUGAAGAAGCUGGACGUGUGCAAAGAUUCUGCCUACAAAAAGCAUCCUGACCAGAUCAAGUUUACUUCAGUGCCGGAUUCUCUGGUUUUGCGACAAGCACAGAUUAAUACCAAGCAGCUGAGUGACAUGAAUUACAAAGCCAAACAUGAGGCUGAAAAGUUCAGAUGUUCCAUACCUGCAGAUGCUCCUUUGUUUCUUCAGUCCAGAGUCAAUGCUUACAACAUCAGUGAUAAUUGGUACAAGUAUGACUGGGAUCAAUCGAAAGCAAAGAAGUUUGAUAUCAAAAUGGAUGCUAUCCCGAUUCUGGCUGCUAAAGCAAAACAAAAAAUUGCAAGCGAUGUUGAGUACAAGAAAGGCUACGAAAAGGGCAAAGGGAAGCUUAUUGGAGCCUUGAGCGUCCAGGAUGAUCCCAAGAUCUUACAUUCUCUGAAAGUGGGCAAACUGCAAAAUGAGAGACUAUAUAAGGAACCGUACGAAAAAGCGAAAGGAGUAAGCAUUAACUAUUGUGAGACUCCACAGUACCAGGUCGACAACACUCUUAAGAACUUCAGUGGGGUGAAAUACAAAGAGCCUUACAUAGCCAAUGUCUUGGGCCGGUAUAUAGGCACAUUUGAGGACCCCUAUGAAGCCCAUUGCAUGAAAGUUGGAGCCAUGAAGAGCGACAAAAACUAUAAAGCAGACUAUGAAGACGAUAAAGCUAAAUGCUAUUUCCCUCAAACCAUAACUCAAGAAUAUGAAGCCAUGAAGAAGCUGGACGUGUGCAAAGAUUCUGCCUACAAAAAGCAUCCUGACCAGAUCAAGUUUACUUCAGUGCCGGAUUCUCUGGUUUUGCGACAAGCACAGAUUAAUACCAAGCAGCUGAGUGAUAUGAAUUACAAAGCUAAACAUGAGGCUGAAAAAUUCAAAUGUUCCAUACCUCCAGAUGCUCCUUUAUUUCUCCAGUCCAGAGUCAAUGCUUAUAAUAUCAGUGAUAAUUGCUACAAGUAUGAUUGGGAUCAAUCAAAAGCAAAUAAGUUUGAUAUCAAAGUAGAUGCCAUCCCAAUUCUGGCUGCUAAAGCAAAGCAAAAAAUUGCGAGCGAUGUUGAGUACAAGAAAGGCUAUGAAAUGGGCAAAGGGAGGCUUAUUGGAGCGUUGAGCGUCCAGGAUGAUCCCAAAAUGUUACAUUCUCUGAAAGUAGGCAAACUGCAAAAUGACAGAUUAUAUAAGGAAGCAUAUGAAAAAGCAAAAGGAGUAAGCAUUAACUAUUGUGAGACUCCACAGUACCAGGUCGACAACACUCUUAAGAAUUUCAGUGGGGUGAAAUACAAAGAGCCUUACAUAGCCAAUGUCUUGGGCCGGUACAUAGGCACCUUUGAGGACCCCUAUGAAGCCCAUUGCAUGAAAGUUGGAGCCAUGAAGAGCGACAAAAACUAUAAAGCAGACUAUGAAGACGAUAAAGCUAAAUGCUAUUUCCCUCAAACCAUAACUCAAGAAUAUGAAGCCAUGAAGAAGCUGGACGUGUGCAAAGAUCAUGCAUACAAGAAACAUCCUGGUCAGAUCAAGUUUACCCCUGUGACAGAUUCGCUGGUUAUGGUACAAGCACAGAUUAAUUCCAAGCAACUGAGUGAUUUGAACUACAAAGCCAAACAUGAAGCUGAGAAAAACAGAUGCUCUGUCCCUCCAGACGCUCCCUUAUUCCUCCAAUCCAGAGUCAAUGCCUACAACAUCAGUGAUAAUUGGUAUAAGUAUGACUGGGAUCAAUCAAAAGCAAAGAAAUUUGACAUCAAGAUGGAUGCCAUUCCAAUUCUAGCUGCAAAAGCCAAGCAAAAAAUUGCAAGUGAUGUUGAAUACAAAAAGGGUUAUGAACAGAGCAAAGGCAAGUUAAUUGGAGCUCUGAGUAUUGAAGAUGAUCCCAAAAUGAUACAUUGCCAAAAAAUGGCCAAGCAACAGAGUGAUCUGCUCUAUAAAAAAGGUUAUGAAGCAUCAAAGACCAAAUACACAGCACCACUGGAUAUGAUUCCCGUUGUACAAGCAAAGAAAGCCCAGAUGAUCGUCAGUGACACAGAUUACAGGCAUCGCAUCCAUAAUUACUCUUACCCUCCGGAUAGUAUUAAUGUGGAGCUGGCCAAGAAGGCUAAUGCUAUACUAAGUGACAAUGAAUAUAAAGCUGAUUACAACAGUUGGAUGAAAGGAUGUGGCUGGAUACCUUAUGGAUCCCUGGAUGCAGAAACAGCAAAAAGAACUUCAGAGUAUGUAAGCGAGAAAAAAUACCGUCAGCAUCCAGACACUAUUAAAUUUACACAAAUUGAGGAUCAUCCUACUGUGGUUCAGGCUAAAAUCAAUCAAGCCCAGCGGAGUGAUGUACUUUAUAAAGCCAAAAAUGAAGAAAGAAUUCACAGUUAUAACCUCCCAGCAGACGCGCCUCAAUUUAUCCAGGCAAAGGUUAAUUCCUACAAUAUCAGCGAUACUUAUUACAAACUGGGAUUGGAAGACCUGAAAUCAAGAGGCUAUGACUUGAGGAGCGAUGCCAUUCCCAUUAGAGCUGCUAAAUCUGCCAGGAAGGCUGCCAGUGAUUUUGAAUAUAAGAAAGGCUAUGAACAAGGCAAAGGCAAACUGAUUGGCUUCCAGAGCCUUCAAGAUGACCCCAAAUUAGUCCAUUAUAUGAAUGUGGGCAAGAUGCAGUCAGAGCGGGACUAUAAGAAAGCUUAUGAGCAAAGCAAGACUAAAUACAACACUCCGUUUGAUAUGGUGAAUGUUGUAGCCGCUAAGAAAGCCCAAGAAAUUGUCAGCAAUACCAAUUACAAGAAUCUCCUGCACAAUUACACGUUGUUGCCAGAUGAUAUGAAUGUGGAACGAUCCAAAAACAUGAUGCAGAUUCAGAGUGAUAACCUUUACAAGGGAGAUUUUAACAACUGGAUGAAAGGUAUUGGCUGGAUUCCAAUCGGUUCCCUUGAAGCGGAGAAAGCUAGAAAAGCAGGAGAGGCUCUAAAUGAGAAGAAGUACAGACAGCACCCAGACACUAUUAAAUUUACAAGUAUUGUGGAUUCUCCCGUCAUGGUCCAGGCUAAGCAGAAUGCACUUCAGCUCAGUGAUAUAUUAUACAAAUCCUCCGGGGAAGAAAUGAAGCAUACAUAUAAUUUGCCUGCAGAUGCCCCUCAGUUUAUCCAGGCCAGAUAUAAUGCAGCUAAUAUCAGUGAUAAUUAUUAUAAAUAUGGCUAUCAGGACCUCAUAGCCAAAGGACCUCAUGUACUGGGUGAUGCUAUUCCAAUUACUCAAGCCAAGGCCUCAAGAAACAUUGCUAGUGAUUACAAAUACAAAGAAGCUUAUCAAAAGACUAAAGGAAAACAGGUCGGCUUCCGAAACUUGCAAGACGCUCCUAUGCUUGUCCAUUCUAUGAAUGUGGCCAAGAUGCAGUCUGAGCGUGAGUACAAGAAGGAUUACGAGAAAAGCAAGACAUGCUAUCACACACCAGUGGAGAUGGUCAGUAUCCAAGCUGCCAAGCAGGCUCAGGAUGUAGCCUCCAAUGUCAACUACAAAAAUCUGAUUCAUCGCUAUACCUACCUGCCAGAUGCUAUGAACGUGGAGCUGGCCAAGAACAGGAUGCAAAUUCAGAGUGAUAUUACUUACAAAGAUGACUACAACAACUGGUUAAGAGGUGUGGGAUGGAGUCCCUUGGGCUCCCUGGAUAUGGAAAAAGUUAAAAAAGCUGGAGAUGCAUUAUGUGAAUCUAAAUAUCGCCAGCACCCAGACAAACUCAAGUUUACAAGUUUGAUGGAUUCUAUACCGAUGGUUUUGGCUCAACAGAAUACCAAACAGCUGAGUGAUAUAAACUAUAAGGUAGAAGGUGAGAAAGUGAAACACAAGUACCAUUUGGAUCCAGAUGUACCUGCAUUUAUUCAAGCAAAAGUCAAUGCCUACAAUAUAAGUGAUAAUUUCUACAAAGCAGACUGGAAGAGGCGGCUGGCUGAAGGCUGUAACCUGAAAGCAGAUGCUAUUCCUAUUGUUGCUGCGAAAUCUUCACGCCAUAUUGCCAGUGAUUACAAAUACAAAGAAUCCUAUGAGAAAGGAAAAGGGAAGCAAAUUGGCUUCCUUAGCCUGCAAGAUGAUCCUAAAUUGGUCCAUUAUAUGAAAGUGGCAAAAUUACAAUCAGAACGGGAAUACAAGAAAGGCUAUGAAAGCGGCAAGACUAAUUAUAACUUACCUCUGGACCACUUCAGUAUAGUGGCCGCUAAGAAAGCCCAAGAAGUUGUGACUGACACAAACUACAAACAACCUCUGCAUCAUUACACUCUUCUUCCUGAUGCCAUGAGUAUGGAAUUGUCAAGAAACAGGAUGCAGAUUCAGAGUGAUAAUCUUUACAAAACUGACUUUAAUAGUUGGCUGAAGGGACUAGGCUGGGUGCCAAUUCAAUCUCUGGAGGUGGAAACUGCAAAGAAAGCCAGUCAUAUUCUCAACGAACAGAAAUAUCGUCAGCACCCAGACAAACUGAAGUAUACCUUCGACAUGGAUGCCAUGGAACAGGUGUUGGCUAAACAAAAUGCCCACACCAUGAAUAAGAGGCUGUAUAUAGAAAAAUGGAACAAAGAUAAGACUGACAUUCACGUAAUGCCUGAUACACCAGAAAUACUCCUGUCCAAAGCCAACCAAAUCACCAUGAGUGAUAAAAUAUAUAGGUCUGGCUGGGAGGAGGAGAAGAAAAAAGGCUAUGAUCUACGACCAGAUGCUCUGUCCAUAAAAGCAGCUAAAGCUUCCAGGGAUAUUGCAAGUGAUUACAAAUACAAACUGGCCUUCGAGCAAUCAAAAGGAAAGCAGAUCGGCUUCCGUAACUUAAAAGAUGACCCUAAGCUUGUGCACUAUAUGGAAGUUGCAAAGAUGCAGUCAGAGCGUGAAUAUAAAAAGGAUUACGAGAAAUCAAAGACCCGGUUCCACAUUCCUGUUGACAUGUUCAGUUUUGUGGCAGCCAAGAAGGCACAGGAAGUGGCAACUGAUACCAAUUACCGGAAUAUUAUCCACUCUUACAGUGCUUUGCCCGAUUCUAUGAACCUUGCAUUGGCCAAAAAUAUGAUGCAGAUCCAGAGUGAUAAUCAAUACAAAGCAGACUAUGAUGAAUUCAUGAAAGGGAUUGGAUGGAUACCACUAGGAUCUCUAGAAGCUGAAAAGAAUAGGAAAGCCAUGGACAUUGUCAGUGAGAAGAAGUACAGACAACAUCCAGACAAAUUGAAAUAUUCUAUUCUAAUGGAUUCUAUGCCAAUGGUCCUAGCAACAAGUAAUGCAAAAAUUAUGGAUGAUCACCUUUACAAAAAGGACUGGGAAGCAGAAAAGACACAGAUUCAUAUUACGCCAGAUAUUCCUGAGAUUCUUUUGGCAAAAGUCAAUGCUUAUAACAUCAGUGAUAAAAUAUACAAACAUUCUCUGGAAGAAGCUAAAAAGAAAGGCUAUGAUCUCAGAAGUGAUGCAAUCUCUAUUAAAGCUGCUAAAGCUUCUCGGGAAAUCGCCAGUGAUUACAAAUAUAAGUUAGGUUAUGAACAGGACAAGGGUAAGCUCGUUGGCUUCCGCAGCCUCCAAGAUGACCCCAAGCUUGUCCAUUUCAUGCAAGUGGCCAAGAUGCAGUCAGAUCGCGAGUACAAGAAAGCCUAUGAAGGCAGCAAAACGAGAUACAACACGCCUGCCGAUACUGUCAGCAUUGUGGCUGCCAAAGAAGCACAAGCCAAUAUCACCAACACCAAUUACAAAAGGCUCAUCCAUAAUUAUAUCCUUCUGCCGGAUGCCCUGAAUGUAGAACUGGCCAGAAAUAUGAAUCGGGUUCAAAGUGAUCAUGAAUAUAAGCAAGAUUAUAAUGAAUGGUAUAAAGGUCUUGGUUGGAGCCCUGCUGGGUCAUUGGAUAUUGAGAAGUCCAAGAAAGCCACUGAAAUCGCAAGUGACACCAAGUAUCGCCAGCAUCCAAGUGCUUUCCCAUUUAAGAAGCUGACUGAUUCAAUGGAUAUGGAACUUGCAAAGCACAAUGCUGAUGUUAUGAAUAAGCGUGCAUACAUAAAUGCAUGGGAGAAAGACAAGACAACGAUUCAUGUCAUGCCAGAUACACCAGAUAUUAUGCUGGCUAAAGCAAAUAAGUUCAAUUACAGCCAGAAAUUGUACAAACUUGGAUGGGAAGAAAUGUUGAAGAAGGGUUAUGAUCUCACUACUGAAGCCAUAUCAGUGAAAGCAGCUAAAGCAUCCAGAGACAUUGCUAGUGACUACAAGUACAAAGAUGGCUAUCGCAAGCAACUUGGCCAUCAUAUUGGAGCCCGUAGUAUAGAAGAUGAUCCUAAAAUGCUGCAUUCCAUGAACGUUGCCAAGAUGCAGAGUGAGAGGGAAUACAAGAAAGUGUUUGAGCAGCUGAAGACCAAGUACAGCACUCCUGUGGAUAUGCUGUCAGUCUUGGGGGCAAAGAAUUGCCAGAAGCUGGUCAGCGAUAUCGAUUACCGUAAUUAUUUACACCAGUGGACAUGCCUCCCAGAUCAAAAUGAUAUCAUCCAUGCCAAGAAGACCUAUGAACUACAGAGUGAUAUUGCAUAUAAAUCUGAUCUCGAAUGGAUUAAGGGUAUUGGAUGGAACGCCCUUGGCUCUCUAGAGUCGGAAAAGAACAAGAAAGCUUCCGAGAUUCUGAGUGAAAGAACUUAUCGUCAGCAUCCAGACACAAUUAAAUUCACAAGCAUUCCUGAUUCGAUGGAAGUUGUUUUGGCAAAAGAAAACUCAAAGCAUAGAAGUGAUAGACUUUAUCGAGAAGCCUGGGACAAAGAUAAGACUCAGAUUCAUAUCAUGCCUGACACUCCUGAAAUUGUGUUGUCCAGAAUCAACUUAGUUAACUUGAGUGAUAAACUCUACAAAUUAGGAUUGGAAGAACUGAGAAGGAAAGGCUAUGAUCUUCCACCUGAUGCCAUACCGAUCAAGGCAGCCAAAGCUUCUAGAGAAAUUGCCAGUGAAUACAAAUACAAAGAGGCAUACCGUAAGCAGCUUGGUCACCAUGUGGGAGCCCGCAGCAUAGAAGAUGAUCCUAAAAUGCUGCAUUCCAUGAACGUUGCCAAGAUGCAGAGUGAGAGGGAAUACAAGAAAGUGUUUGAGCAGCUGAAGACCAAGUACAGCACUCCUGUGGAUAUGCUGUCCAUCUUAGGUGCAAAGAAUUGCCAGAAACUGGUCAGCGAUAUCGAUUACCGUAACUAUUUGCACCAGUGGACAUGCCUCCCGGAUCAAAAUGAUGUCAUCCAUGCCAAGAAAACAUAUGAUCUUCAAAGUGAUAUUAACUAUAAAUCAGACCUUGAGUGGCUCAGGGGUAUUGGCUGGUCUCCUAGUGGUUCAAUAGAAGCAGAGAAGAAUAAGAGAGCUUCUGAAAUCUUGAGUGACCAUGGAUAUAGGCAACACCCUGACACUUUCCAUUUUACCAGUCCUAUCGAUUCCUUACCUAUGGCUUUGGCAAAACAUAACUCUGAAAUUAUGAAUCAGCGUAUGUAUGUUGAUGCUUGGAACAAAGAUAAAACCAGUAUCCAUAUUAUGCCUGAUACUCCUGAAAUUCUACUGUCACAACAGAACAAAAUCAACUUCAGUGAUAAACUGUACAAGCUGUCAUUGGAAGAGGCUAGGAAGAAGGGCUAUGAUCUUCGGAUAGAUGCAAUUCCUAUCAAGGCUGCUAAAGCAUCCAGAGACAUUGCAAGUGAGUAUAAGUACAAAGAAGGUUAUCGCAAGCAACUCGGCCAUCAUAUUGGAGCUCGGAGUAUAGAAGAUGAUCCUAAAAUGCUGCAUUCCAUGAAUGUUGGCAAGAUGCAGAGUGAGAGGGAAUACAAGAAAGUGUUUGAGCAGCUGAAGACCAAGUACAGCAGUCCUGUGGAUAUGCUGUCAGUCUUGGGGGCCAAGAAUUGCCAGAAGCUGGUCAGCGAUAUCGAUUACCGUAAUUAUUUGCACCAGUGGACAUGCCUCCCAGAUCAAAAUGAUGUCAUCCAUGCCAGGAAGGCCUAUGAUCUGCAGAGUGACAAUUACUACAAGUCUGAUCUUCAGUGGUUGAAAGGUAUUGGGUGGGUCCCUAUUGGUUCCUUGGAUACUGAAAAAGCCAAGAAAGCUGGAGAGAUCCUAAGCGAAAAGUUGUAUCGUCAGCCUCCAGACAAAUUCAAGUUUACAAGUGUGACAGAUUCUCUAGAAAUACUUUUGGCCAAGCAUAAUGCAGAAAAUAUGAAUAAGCGUUUGUAUACCGAAGCUUGGGAUAAAGACAAGACACAAAUUCACAUAAUGCCUGAUACCCCUGAAAUCACUUUAGCAAGGCAGAACAAGAUCAACUACAGUGAGAGUUUAUAUAAACUUUCCUUGGAAGAGGCAAAGAAGAAGGGGUAUGAUUUGCGAAUUGAUGCAAUUCCAAUUCAGUCUGCCAAGGCAUCCAGAAUUAUUGCUAGUGAUUACAAAUACAAAGAAGGCUAUCGCAAGCAACUGGGCCACCACAUUGGAGCUCGUAGCAUAGAAGACGAUCCUAAAAUGCUGCAUUCUAUAAAUGUGGCCAAGAUGCAAAGUGAGAGGGAAUAUAAGAAAGUCUUUGAGCAACUGAAGACCAAAUAUAGCACUCCUGUGGAUAUGCUGUCGAUCUUGGGGGCCAAGAAUUGCCAGAAACUGGUCAGCGAUAUUGAUUAUCGCAAUUAUUUGCACCAGUGGACCUGCCUACCAGAUCAGAAUGAUGUCAUCCACGCUAGGAAAGCUUAUGAUUUGCAGAGUGAUAAUUACUACAAAGCAGACCUCGAGUGGAUGAAAGGCAUUGGCUGGGUCCCUAUUGGUUCACUGGAUGUUGAGCAUGCUAAGAAAUCAGGAGAGAUCCUGAGUGAAAAGACGUACCGCCAGCCUCCAGAGAGUUUCAAAUUCACCAGUGUGACAGAUUCUCUAGAAAUGGAAUUGGCCAGGCAUAAUGCGGAAACCAUGAACAAGCGUCUGUAUACUGAAGCUUGGGAUACUGAUAAACGGACAGUCCAUGUCAUGCCUGAUACGCCGGAAAUUGUCCUAGCAAAGUUCAACAAAUUAAACUAUAGCCAGAAAUUGUACCGACUGGCCAUGGAGGAAGCAAAGAAAGAUGGUUAUGAUCUGCGUCUUGAUGCCAUCCCAAUUCAAGCUGCCAAGGCUUCAAGAGCUAUUGCCAGUGAUUACAAAUACAAAGAAGGCUAUCGCAAGCAACUGGGCCACCACAUUGGAGCUCGUAGUGUAGAAGACGAUCCUAAAAUUAUGCAUUCUAUAAAUGUGGCCAAGAUGCAGAGUGAGAGGGAAUACAAGAAAGUGUUUGAGCAGCUGAAGACCAAGUACAGCACUCCUGUGGAUAUGCUGUCGAUCUUGGGGGCCAGGAAUUGCCAGAAACUGGUCAGCGAUAUUGAUUACCGUAAUUAUUUACACCAGUGGACCUGUCUACCAGAUCAAAAUGAUGUCAUCCAUGCUAGAAAAGCUUAUGAUCUGCAGAGUGAUAAUUACUACAAAGCAGACCUCGAGUGGAUGAAAGGCAUUGGCUGGGUCCCUAUUGGUUCACUGGAUGUUGAGCAUGCUAAGAAAUCAGGAGAGAUCCUGAGUGAAAAGACGUACCGCCAGCCUCCAGAGAGUUUCAAAUUCACCAGUGUGACAGAUUCUCUAGAAAUGGAAUUGGCCAGGCAUAAUGCUGAAACCAUGAACAAGAGGCUGUAUACUGAAGCUUGGAAUACUGAUAAAUGCACAAUCCAUGUCAUGCCUGAUACGCCAGAAAUUGUCCUAGCAAAGUUCAACAAAUUAAACUAUAGCCAGAAAUUGUACCGACUGGCCAUGGAGGAAGCAAAGAAAGAUGGCUAUGACCUGCGUCUUGAUGCCAUCCCAAUUCAAGCUGCCAAGGCUUCAAGAGCUAUUGCCAGUGAUUACAAAUACAAAGAAGGCUAUCGCAAGCAACUUGGCCAUCACAUUGGAGCUCGUAGCGUAGAAGACGAUCCUAAAAUUAUGCAUUCUAUAAAUGUGGCCAAGAUGCAAAGUGAGAGAGAAUAUAAGAAAGUCUUUGAGAAACUGAAGACCAAAUAUAACAGCCCUGUGGAUAUGCUGUCGAUCUUGGGGGCCAAGAAUUGCCAGAAACUGGUUAGCGAUAUUGAUUAUCGCAAUUAUUUGCACCAGUGGACCUGCCUACCAGAUCAAAAUGAUGUCAUCCAAGCUAGGAAAGCUUAUGAUCUGCAGAGUGAUGCUCUUUACAAGUCAGAUCUAGAAUGGUUGAAAGGCAUUGGCUGGGUGCCUCUUGGUUCACUGAAUGUUGAACAUGUCAAGAAAGCUGGAGAAAUCCUAAGUGAAAACAAAUAUCGGCAACCACCUAGUCAAAUGAAAUUUACCUGUAUCACAGAUGCUUGGGAUGUAGAAUUAGCAAAGCAUAAUGCUGAGAUGAUGAACAAGAAACUAUACACUGAAGCAUGGGAUGCUGAUAAAAUCAAAACCAAUGUCAUGCCGGAUACCCCAGAAAUUCUGCUCGCCAAGGCAAAUUCUGCAAAUAUCAGCCAUAAACUUUAUGUCCAAGGAUGGGAAGAUGCUAAGAAGAAAGGUUAUGACCUGAGAACUGAUGCUAUCUCAAUUAAAGCGGCAAAAGCUUCGAGGGAUAUUGCUAGUGAUUACAAAUACAAAGAAGCACAUGAAAAGCAAAAAGGGCAUUAUGUUGGGGUUCAAAGAUUUGAAGAUGAUCCUAAGUUGGUGUGGUUUGCCCAUGCAGGCCAGAUUCGGAGUGAUCUGGAGUACAAGAAGAACUUUGAACAAUGUAAAGCAAAGAUUCAUUGUCCUGUUGACAUGCUAUCAAUCUUAGAUGCUAAGAAUUGUCAGAAGUUGGUUAGUGAUGUGGACUAUCGCAAACACUUGCAUGAAUGGAUUUGCCUGCCAGACCAGAAUGAUGUCAUUCAAGCAAAGAAAGCGUAUGACCUCCAGAGUGAUAAUUUGUAUAAGUCAGACUUGGAAUGGCUGCGUGGAAUUGGCUGGAUACCAGAAGGCUCUGUGGACGUCCGACGAGUGAAGAAUGCCCAGGAUCUGCUGAAUGAAAGAAUGUACCGGCAGCGGCCAGAUUCUCUGAAAUUCACAGCUAUUGUUGAUUCCCCGGAAGUUGUCCUGGCUAAGGCCAAUGCUUUGAUGCAGAGUGGGGCUUUAUAUCGUGAAGUUUGGGAUAAAGAAAAAACACAGUACACCCUUCCAAUUGACAUUCCUGAGAUCAUUCUGUCCAAAGCAAAUUCUGUGAACUACAGUAAAAAACAUUAUCAACUUGGAUUAGAGGAGAUGAAGAAGAGAGGCUAUGACUUAAGAUUGGAUGCCAUUGAAAUCCGGCAAGCCAAGGCUUCUAGGAAUAUUGCUAGUGAGUACAAGUACAAAGAAGGUUACCGUAAGCAAGUGGGACACCACGUUGGAUUCCGGAACAUCUAUGAUGAUCCCAAGCUAGUGCUGGCAAUUCGUGUAGCCAAAUUGCAGAGUGAGAGGGAGUACAAGAAACAUUUUGAGAAGUUUAAAACCAAGUUUAAUAGCCCAGUGGACAUGUUGUCCAUCUUGUUGGCCAAGAAAUGUCAGAAACUGGUUAGUGACAUUGAUUAUCGCCGCAACCUCCAUGAAUGGAUAUGUCUGCCUGAUCAAAAUGAUGUCAUCCAAGCCAAGAAAGCCUAUGAGUUGCAGAGUGAUAAUCUUUACAAGUCAGAUCUGGAAUGGCUCCGUGGGAUUGGAUGGAUGCCAGAAGGCUCUGUGGAUGUAGUCAGAGUGAAAAAGGCUCAAGAUCUUGUGAAUGACAGGUUGUACAAACAACGCCCAGAUGCACUGAAAUUUACCAGUAUUCCUGACCCACCUCCAGUCAUCUUGGCUAAGAUCAAUGCUCAGCAGAUCAGUGAGCGCCUGUAUCGUGAAACAUGGGAUAAUGAGAAGGCACAGAUUAAUAUUCCUCUAGAUACCCCUGAAAUACUGCUGUCCAAGAUGAAUGCUGUGAAUGUUAGCCAUAAACAUUAUACUGGAGCCUGGGAUGAAGCCAAGGCAAAAGGUUAUGACUUUAAAGUGGAUGCUCUUUCAUUCAAGCAUGCAAAAUCUUCCAGAGAAAUUGCCAGUGAGUAUAAAUACAAACAAACUUAUGAGAAACAGAAAGGUCAUUACAUUGGAACCCCGUCAGUCAAGGAGGAUCCUAAGCUUUCAUGGGCUGCUCGAGUAAUGAAGAUGCAAAAUGACCGUCUCUAUAAACAAGCAUACCACAGUUCAAAAGCCAAGAUCACCAUUCCCUAUGAAAUGGUGGCUAUCCAGGCAGCCAAGCAAGGGCAGGCUAUAGCCAGCGACGUUGAUUACCAUCGUUAUCUGCACGAGUGGUCUUGUCUGCCAGAUCAGAACGAUGUGAUCCAAGCAAAGAAAGCGUAUGAACUUCAGAGCGAUAAUUUGUAUAAAUCUGAUUUGGAAUGGCUCCGUGGGAUAGGAUGGAUGCCGGAAGGCUCCGUGGAUGUGGUCAGAGUGAAAAGGGCUCAAGAUCUGGUAAAUGAGAGAUUGUACAAACUACGCCCAGAUGCACUGAAAUUUACCAGUAUACCUGACCCGCCCCCGGUUGUCCUGGCCAAGGUCAAUGCACAACAGAUCAGUGAGCACCUGUAUCGUGAAGCGUGGGAUAAUGAAAAGGCCCAGAUUAAUAUUCCUCUUGAUACCCCAUCAAUACUGCUGUCCAAGAUGAAUGCUGUGAAUGUUAGCCAUAAACAUUAUACUGGAGCCUGGGAUGAAGCCAAAGCAAAAGGCUAUGACUUUAAAGUUGACGCUCUUUCAUUCAAGCAUGCGAAAUCUUCCAGAGAAAUUGCCAGUGAGUAUAAAUACAAACAAACUUAUGAGAGACAGAAAGGUCAUUAUAUUGGAACCCCAUCAGUCAAGGAAGAUCCUAAACUUUCAUGGGCUGCUCGAGUAAUGAAGAUGCAAAAUGACCGUCUCUAUAAACAAGCAUACCACAAUUCAAAAGCCAAGAUCACCAUUCCCUAUGAAAUGGUGGCUAUCCAGGCAGCCAAGCAAGGGCAGGCUAUAGCCAGCGACGUGGAUUACCAUCGUUAUCUGCACGAGUGGUCUUGUCUGCCAGAUCAGAAUGAUGUGAUCCAAGCAAAGAAAGCGUAUGAACUUCAGAGCGAUAAUUUGUAUAAAUCUGAUCUGGAAUGGCUCCGUGGGAUAGGAUGGAUGCCGGAAGGCUCCGUGGAUGUGGUCAGAGUGAAAAGGGCUCAAGAUCUCGUAAAUGAGAGGUUGUACAAACUACGCCCAGAUGCACUGAAAUUUACCAGUAUACCUGACCCGCCCCCGGUUGUCCUGGCCAAGGUCAAUGCACAACAGAUCAGUGAGAACCUGUAUCGUGAGGCAUGGGAUAAAGAGAAGGCCCAGAUUAAUAUUCCUCUCGAUACCCCUGAAAUACUGCUCUCCAAGAUGAAUGCUGUGAAUGCUAGCCAUAAACAUUAUACUGGAGCCUGGGAUGAGGCCAAAGCAAAAGGCUAUGACUUUAAAGUUGACGCUCUUUCAUUCAAGCAUGCAAAAUCUUCCAGAGAAAUUGCUAGUGAGUAUAAAUACAAACAAACUUAUGAGAAACAGAAAGGUCAUUAUAUUGGAACCCCGUCAGUCAAGGAGGAUCCUAAGCUUUCAUGGGCUGCUCGAGUAAUGAAGAUGCAAAAUGACCGUCUCUAUAAGCAAGCAUACCACAGUUCAAAAGCCAAGAUCACCAUUCCCUACGAAAUGGUGGCUAUCCAGGCAGCCAAGCAAGGGCAGGCUAUAGCCAGCGACAUUGAUUACCAUCGUUAUCUACACGAGUGGUCUUGUCUGCCAGAUCAGAACGAUGUGAUCCAAGCAAAGAAAGCGUAUGAACUUCAGAGCGAUAAUUUGUAUAAAUCUGAUCUGGAAUGGCUCCGUGGGAUAGGAUGGAUGCCGGAAGGCUCGGUGGAUGUGGUCAGAGUGAAAAGAGCUCAAGAUCUCGUAAAUGAGAGGCUGUACAAACUACGCCCAGAUGCACUGAAAUUUACCAGUAUACCUGACCCGCCCCCGGUUGUCCUGGCCAAGGUCAAUGCACAACAGAUCAGUGAGAACCUGUAUCGUGAAGCAUGGGAUAAAGAGAAGGCCCAGAUUAAUAUUCCUCUUGAUACCCCAUCAAUGCUGCUGUCCAAGAUGAAUGCUGUGAAUGUUAGCAAUAAACAUUAUACUGGAGCCUGGGAUGAGGCCAAAGCAAAAGGCUAUGACUUUAAAGUGGAUGCUCUUUCAUUCAAGCAGGCAAAAUCUUCCAGAGAAAUUGCCAGUGAGUAUAAAUACAAACAAACUUAUGAGAGACAGAAAGGUCAUUAUAUUGGAACCCCAUCAGUCAAGGAGGAUCCUAAGCUUUCAUGGGCUGCUCGAGUAAUGAAGAUGCAGAAUGACCGUCUCUAUAAGCAAGCAUACCACAAUUCAAAAGCCAAGAUCACCAUUCCCUACAAAAUGGUGGCUAUCCAAGCAGCCAAGCAAGGGCAGGAUUUAGCCAGCAACAUUGAUUACCAUCGUUAUCUACACCAGUGGUCUUGUCUGCCAGAUCAGAACGAUGUGAUCCAAGCAAAGAAAGCAUAUGAACUUCAGAGCGAUGCUGUGUAUAAGUCAGAUCUAGAAUGGCUCCGUGGGAUUGGAUGGAUACCAAGUGGUUCUCCAAUAGUGAACAGAGUUAAAUUUGCCCAGGAAAUCCUGAGUGACAAUUUAUACCGCACUCCUGCUGACCGUCUGAAGUUCACCAACAUUGUUGAUACACCGGACAUUCUCCUUGCUAAAACCAACGCGGAGCAAAUCAGUAUUCCUAAAUACCGAGAAGUUUGGGAUAAAGAUAAAGUUAUGAUCCAUGUGAUGCCUGACACCCCUGAAAUAAUGCUUUCCAAGGCCAAUGCCAUCAACGUAAGCAAUAAACUCUACAGGGACUCUUGGGAUGAUGUAAAGAAAUACAUUGAUUACAGGUCAGAUGCAAUUCCAAUCAAAAGAGCCAAAGCCUCAAGAGAAAUUGCCAGUGAUUACAAGUACAAAGAAGGUUACCGUAAGCAAGUGGGACACCACGUUGGAUUCCGGAACAUCUAUGAUGAUCCCAAGCUAGUGCUGGCAAUUCGUGUAGCCAAACUGCAGAGUGAGAGGGAAUACAAGAAACAUUUUGAGAAAUUUAAAACCAAGUUUAAUAGCCCAGUGGACAUGUUGUCCAUCUUGUUGGCCAAGAAAUGUCAGAAACUGGUUAGUGACAUUGAUUAUCGCCGCUACCUCCAUGAAUGGAUAUGUCUGCCUGAUCAAAAUGAUGUCAUCCAAGCCAAGAAAGCCUAUGAGUUGCAGAGUGAUGCUGUUUAUAAAUCUGACCUAGAAUGGCUACGAGGAAUUGGCUGGAUGCCAAGUGAUUCUGUCUCUGUCAACCAUGUCAAACAUGCUCAGGCCCUUAUUAAUGAGAGGUUAUAUCGUACCAAAGCUGAUAGCCUGCCAUUUACUCCGGUGGAUGACAGGGUUGAUUAUAUCACAGCCAAACAAGGUGGAGAAAUACUAAGCGAUAUUAAAUAUCACCAGGAAUGGAAUGACAUCAAGGCCAUUUAUACACUAACAGAUACACCUCGGUUGCAAGCAGUUAAAAAAGCGGCUAGGAUUCUUAAUGAGCAUCUAUACAAGGACAGCUGGGAGAAACAUAAAGCUACUGGCUACAGUUUACCUCCUGACAGUGUACCACUUCGUCAUGCCAAGCAUUCUGAUAACGUCCAAAGUGAGCUGAAAUAUAAGGCUGAUUAUGUCAACCAAAGAGGCCACUAUGUUGGAGUCAAUAAUAUGAGAGAGGAUCCAAAACUAGUGUGGUUUGAGCAUGCUGGCAAGAUUCAGAAUGACAGAUUAUACAAAGAAUCCUAUCACAAAACAAAAUCCCACGUUCACAUACCUCCAGAUAUACGCUCGGUCAUUGCAGCCAAAGACUGCCAGCACCUUGUCAGUGACAUUCCGUAUCGUAAUUACCUACAUGAAUGGACGUGUCACCCUGACCAAAAUGACUGCAUCCAGGCAAAGAAAGCCUAUGAACUUCAAAGUGAUAACCUUUAUAAAUCUGAUCUUGAAUGGCUCCGUGGCUGUGGUUGGAUUCCGUUAGAUUCGGUGGACCAUCGGAGAGUAAAGAAUGCUCAAGAAUUAAUAAACAAGAGAAUCUACACAAAGGAAGCCAUUGAUAAUUUUGACCAUUUCACAUCCGUUGAAGAUACUCCAGAUGUGGUUUUGGCAAAGACAAAUUCGAUCAUGCAGAGUGACGUGAAAUACAAAGAAACCUUUAACCUUCAGAAAGGCCACUACAUUGGUUCUGAUGACACACCAGCCUUGAGUCAUUCUAGAGAGAUGGUAAAACUGUACAGCGAUUAUGUGUACAAGGAUGCCUGGGAAUCAAAGAAGGCUUAUGGUUACACUUUGCCUCCAGACUACAUUCCAAUUGUUGGUGCCAAACAUGCUGAUUAUAUUAACAGCCUGCUCAAAUAUAAAGCAAUGUACGAGAAGCUAAAGGGCCAUUAUCUGGCGGGGAAACAUAUAAAAGACUUCCCAAGUGUGCUCCAUUCUCUUGCUUUCCAAAAAAUACGGAGUGCGUUGGCUUACAGGAAGAAUUAUGAAGACACCAAGGCACACAUUCAUAUCCCAAGUGACAUGAUCAACCACGUGCUGGCUAAGAAAUGUCAGUAUAUCCUCAGUGACCUUGAGUACCGAACUCACCUGCACCAGUGGAACUGCUCCCCUGAAGAGAACGAUGUGGUGCAAGCUAGAAAGGCUCAGGAGAUUCUGAGCGAUGUGAUAUACAAAGAUGAUUUGACAUGGCUAAAGGGAAUUGGAUGUUACGUGUGGGACACUCCUCAAAUCCUGCAUGCCAAGAAGUCUUAUGACCUUCAGAGCCAACUGAUAUACACAAAACCAGGGAAGGACAAUCUACCAAACUAUGGCGUGGUUAUGGACACUCCAGUUUAUGUAACUGCCGUUCAGAGUGGCAUCAAUGCUAGUGAGCUGAAAUAUAAAGAACAAUACCAUAAAACAAAGGACAAAUAUACCACAGUAUUGAAAACAGCAGAUCACGAUAGGAUCCAGAACCUCAAGCACCUCUUCAGUGAUAAUGUAUACAAGAAAAUGUGGGAGAAAAUCAAGUCCCUCACUUACAAAUUGCCUCCCGAUGCUGUGCCUUUUGUUCGUGCUAGGCAGCUGAAAUAUAAUGCCAGUAUUGUGAAAUAUCGGGAAGAGUAUGAUAAAUUUAAAGCACUCUACACCAUUCCUAGAGGUGUUCAGGAUGAUCCCAACACUGCAAGAUGCUUAAGAGUUGGCAAGCUGAACAUUGAUCGCGGUCUGUACCACCCGUAUCACUGUCGAUUCUUUUGUGUCAAGAAAAUCAGUGAAAUUGAUUAUCGUGUCCAUCUCCAUCAGUGGGCCAGUAUUCCAGAUCCUCAUGCCAAUAUUCUUGCCCGAAAAGUCAAUAAUCAACUUAGUGAUUUUGUAUACAAAGAUGAUCUCAACUGGCUCAAAGGAAUUGGCUGUUUUGUUUGGGACACUCCUGAAAUUCUCCAUGCUAAACAUGCCUAUGAUCUUCGCAAUCUCGCUGUUUACCGCCAUAACUAUGUGCAUCAUAUCAAAGGGAAAUAUACGCCAACAGAUAAGACAGUGGAUCUGGAGCGGGCAAAUCAGGCUUACAAGAUACAGAGUGAACCUCUCUACCGGAAUGCUGGCUUGCAUGCCCUUCCCACUGGAUACAAACUUCCACCAGAUACCCCUGGUUUCAAGCAUGCUAAACAUGCCUACUAUAUUGGCAGUGAUAUAAAAUAUAAAGAAAUUUAUGAACAUGUCAAGGGCACUGGUUACAAUUUUGGGCCCAAAGCUGUUCCAUUUGUACAAACAAGGAAAGUCAAUAAAAUCCUUAAUGAGAGAAUGUAUCGGGAGGUAUAUCACAAAAAUAAAGAUAAGAUUCAUACUACACCUGAUACGCCACACAAUCGCCAAGUGAAAAUAAACCAAGACGCUUUCAGUGAUCUUAUCUACAAGACUGAUUUCUUCAAGAUGCAAGGACACUUGAUUUCCCUACCAUUUACUCCACAAACUGUACACGACCGUUAUGUUGGAGAAAUUACAAGCGAUAUUAAAUAUAAAAGUGAUCUACAAUGGCUCAAAGGUCUGGGCUGCUUCCUGUACGAUACUCCGGAUAUGGUCCGUUCACGGCAUUUACGCAAGCUCUGGUCUCAUUAUGUCUACACUGAUGCUGCAAAGAAAAUGCAAGACAAAUACUCUGUGGUUCUGGACACCCCAGUUUAUAGAAAAAACCAGGAGCUAAAGACCCACCUUAGUGAGAUUGUAUACAGAGCUGCAGGUAAAGAGCAAAAGUCUAAGUACACAUCAAUCCUUGAUACACCAGAUUUCAACAGGGCCAAAAGGGGACAAAAACUGCAGAGCCAGUACUUGUAUGUUGAACUCGCCACCAAGGAAAGACCACAUCACCGUGCUGGAGAUCAGACGCCUGCCUUAAAACUUGCCAAGCAUGUGAAGGACUUUGCCAGUGAGAAAAAAUACAGAGCACUCUACGAUAAACUAAAGGAUAAAUACAUAACAGUCCCGGAUACACCAAUUCUCAUCAGAGCUAAGAAGUCUUAUCUGAAUGCCAGUGAUCUGCGCUACAAAGAAACAUUUGAGCGAGCAAAGGGUAAAUACCACACUGUAAAGGAUGCCUUAGAUAUUGUCUAUCACCGCAAGGUCACUGAUGAUAUCAGCAAAGUGAAAUAUAAAGAAAAGUACAUGAGUGAACUAGGAUUUUGGAGAUCUAUCCCAGAUCAUCCAGAACACUACCACCAUCGUGCUGUCACUGAUGCAAUUAGUACUGUUAAAUAUAAGGAAGAUUUAACAUGGCUCAAAGGCAUUGGCUGCUAUGCAUGGGAUACUCCGGAUUUUGUCCUCGCAGAAAAGAAUAAGGCUCUGUAUAGUCCAUAUAAGUACAAGGAAACAUUUGAAAGGACAAAAUCCAAGUUCAAGCAUGUUGCUGACACUCCAAUUAACAGACAUUUUAAAUAUGCUACUCGGUUGAUGGAUGCGAAAUUAUACAAAUCUGAGUAUGAGAAGAAGAAGGAUAAGUAUUCCUUGGUGGUGGAUGAUCCUAAAACCUUGCUGGCCAAAUGGGGAGGAGAGUUAAGCAGUCAGUACAAGUACAAAAGGCUGUAUGAAAAGCAGAAGGAUAAAUUUACCAGUGUUGUGGAUACUCCAGAACAUCUGAGGACUACCAAAGUCAACAAGCUAAUCAGUGAUAUUCUUUAUAAACUGGAAUACCAGAAAGCCAAACCAAAGGGAUAUACCAGCAUUCAUGAUACUCCCAUGAUUCUCCAUGUACGGAAGGUCAUGGACAGAAUAAGUGAACUGAAAUACAAAGAACUCUAUGAACAGAAUAAAGCUCACUGCAAUGUGGUACCAGAUUCAGUUCACAUUAAAGCUGCUAAGCAGGCUUACAAAGUGAACAGCAAUCUGGAUUACAAGAAGAAAUAUGAAGCCACCAAAGCUCACUGGCACUGGACCAUGGACAGACCUGACUUUAUCCAAGCUGCUAAGACAUCCUUGCAACAGAGUGAUUAUGAAUACAAGCUUGACAGACAAUAUCUCAAAGGAUGCAAGUUGUCUGUAACAGAUGACAAAAACACAGUGUUGGCAUUGCAGAAUGCGAUCUUGGCAAGUGAUUUAAAAUAUAAAGAGAAGCACAACAAGGAACGAGGAAGCAUCCAUCCUGUUCCAGACACUCCCCAGAUCCUUCUUGCCAAGAUGGUUAGCUCUCUUGUGUCUGAGAACAAAUACAAAGAGCAUGUGAAGAAACACCUCCCCCAUGGUUCUUUCACAAAAUUGCCAGAAACUCUGGAUACUGUUCGUGUCAAAAAAGUUACCAGUAAUGUUAGUGAGACAAACUAUAAAAAGAGAUUUCAAAAAGAAAAAGGCAAGUCAGAUUAUUCAAACAUGGUGGAACCUCCUGAUGUGAAGCACGCCAUGGAUGUGGCAAAGAAACAGAGUACUAUCGAAUAUAAAAAAGAUGCCAAAUCACAGCUCCAUUAUACCACUGUGGCCGAUCGACCAGAUAUUAUGAAGGCCACACAAGUCUCCCAUUUAGUCAGCGAUAUUGAAUACAAAUCCAAACGUUAUGGAGAUGCUGGAGUAGGAGUCACCAUGCUUGGACGUCCAGACAUUGAACUUGCCAAAGAAGUGUCCAAAUUGACCAGCCAGAUCAAGUACAAAGAAAGGUUCGAUAAAGAAAAAGGAAAUAGACCUCAGUACGAUCUGAAGGAGAGCAAGAUCUACAAGACCUUGAAAGAUGCUCACCACAUUGCAAGUGAGAUUAAAUAUAAGGCAGAUCUGAAGAAACUUCACAAGCCAGUGACUGAUAUGUCUGAAUCUCUUGCGAUGAAUCAUGUUUUGAACACCAGCCACCUUGCUAGCACUUACCAGUACAAGAAGCAGUACGAGAGGAAUAAAGGUCACUACCACGUGGUUCCAGAUAACCUUGAACAGCUCCAUCUAAAGGAGGCUUCAGAACUUCAGAGCAUAGUGAAAUACAAAGAAAAAUAUGAAAAGGAAAGAGGAAAACCCAUGCUGGACUUUGAAACACCUACAUAUAUCACUGCUAAGGAAGCCCAACAGAUGCAGAGUGAGAAAGAAUAUAAGAAAGAUUUUGAAGAGUCCAUUAAAGGCCGGAAUCUUAUUGGUUUGGAGGUUACACCAUCUGCACUGCAUGUCAAAUAUGCCACCAAAAUAGCAAGCGAGAAAGAAUACAGGAGAGAUUUAGAAGAAGGUGUAAAAGGCAAAGGUCUAACAAUUCUAGAGGAGACACCAGAGUUACUUAGAGCAAAGAAUGCAACCUAUAUCUUGAAUGAGAAAGAAUAUAAGAGAGCCCUGGAGAUGGAAAUCAAAGGAAGGGGAUUAACAGACCAUGCAUUGGAGACACCUGAUUAUAUGAGGGCAAAGAAUGCCACAGAUAUUGCUAGUGAGCUUAAAUAUAAGCACUCUGCAGAAAUGGAAAAAGCCAAUUAUACCACCGUGGUUGACACUCCAGAAAUCAUCCAUGCACAUCAUGUGAAGAACUUUUCCAGUAAGAAAAAGUAUAAGGAAGAUGCGGAGAAAACCAUGCCGUACUAUGUGUCUGUGCUAGAGACUCCAGAAAUACAGCGGGUCCGAGAAAAUCAGAAGAAUUUUAGCAUGCUUCAGUAUCAACAUGAUCUGCAGGACAGCAAAGGAAAGGUCACCGUUGUAAAUGAAACGCCAGAAAUUUUACGAGUUAAAGAAAACCAGAAAAAUUUCAGCUCGGUUUUAUACAAAGAUAUCGUUGGAACAGGAACAGCAAUUGAAAAAACACCAGAGAUACAGAGAAUUAGAAAAACCACAGAUGACAUUAGCACGAUUAAGUAUAAGGAACACAUUGGAAAAGGAACUCCCAUUUCUGACCUUCCUGAAGUGAAAAGGGUCAAGGAGACGCAGAAACACAUCAGCUCGGUAAUGUACAAAGAGAAUGCAGGGCAAGGAACUGCAAUAUCAAGUACUCCAGAAAUAGAGAGAGUCAGACGCAAUCAAGAACACAUUAGCUCGGUGUCUUACAAAGAACAGGUGGGCACAGGAAUGGCAACUCCUGUUACGCCAGAUAUGGAGCGGGUCAAACGUAAUCAGGAGAACAUUAGCUCGGUAUUAUACAAAGAGAAUUUAGGGUCUGGAACUCCAAUAAGUAUUACCCCAGAGUUGGAGAGAGUCAGACGCAAUCAAGAAAUCUUUAGCUCGGUCCUAUACAAAGAAAACCUAGGGACAGGCACCCCAACUCCUGUCACUCCUGAGAUGGAGAGAGUCAAACACAACCAAGAAAUCAUUAGCUCGGUGUUGUACAAAGAGAAUGUAGGGAAAGCAACUCCAACUUCUGUCACUCCAGAGAUGGAGAGAGUCAAACGCAAUCAAGAACACAUUAGCUCGGUUUUGUACAAAGAGGACAUAGGGAAAGGAACUCCUGUACCCAUCACUCCAGAGAUGGAAAGAGUUAAAUGCAAUCAAGAAUACAUUAGCUCGGUUGCAUACAAAGAAGAUGUAGGGAAAGGAACCCCUACACCUGUCACUCCAGAGAUGGAGAGAGUUAAACGCAAUCAAGAACACAUUAGCUCGGUCUUAUACAAAGAGGGACUGGGGAAAGGUACCCCUAUACCUGUCACUCCUGAGAUAGAGAGAAUCAAACGCAAUCAAGAACACAUUAGCUCGGUUUUAUACAAAGAGGGCAUAGGGAAAGGAAUUCCUACUCCUGUCACUCCAGAGACGGAGAGAGUCAAACGCAAUCAAGAACAUAUUAGCUCGGUUUUGUACAAAGAGGGUUUGGGGAAAGGUACCCCGAUACCUAUCACUCCUGAGAUGGAGAGAGCGAAACGCAAUCAAGAGUUCAUUAGCUCGGUUUUGUACAAAGAAAGCCUGGGAAAAGGAACCCCAACUUCUAUGACUCCAGAGAUGGAGAGGGCCAAACGCAAUCAAGAAAAUAUUAGCUCGAUCCUCUAUUCGGAUAGCUUCCGGAAGCAAGUACAAGGUAAAGCACCAUUUAUCCUGGAUACCCCUGAAAUGAGGCGUGUUCGGGAGACACAACGGCACAUUUCCACAGUGAAAUACCAUGAAGACUUUGAAAAGACCAAAGGUAGCUUCACACCUGUAGUCACGGAUCCCAUAACAGAACGUGUAAAGAAGAAUAUGCAGGACUUCAGUGACAUUAACUAUAGGGGCAUUCAGAGACGAGUCGUAGAAAUGGAGCAAAAACGAAUAGAUCAGGAUCAAGAAAUGAAUAACUUAACAGGCCUUCGUGUAUGGCGAACCAAUCCUGGAUCGGUCUUUGACUAUGACCCAGCGGAAGAUAACAUUCAGUCGAGAAGCUUACACUUGCUGGCAGUUCAAGCCCAGCGACGUAGCCGAGAGCAUUCGCGUUCUGCCAGUGCUCUUAGUGGCGGGGAUGAAAAAUCUGAGCAUUCAGAGGCUGCUGAUCAGCAUUUGUCAUAUUACAGCAAUGGAGGCUUUCUCCCCACAACUACAACAGUGGGUUACAAACAUGCCAAAACUGUAGAGCUCCCACAACAAAGAUCAUCUUCUGUUGCGACUCAACAGACUACAGUAUCUUCCAUCCCCUCUCAUCCGUCUACUGCAGGGAAGACUUACCGUGCUGUGUAUGACUACACAGCAGCAGAUGCUGAUGAAGUCUCCUUCAAAGAUGGUGAUGCAAUUGUCAACGUCCAAGCCGUAGAUGAAGGAUGGAUGUAUGGAACUGUGCAAAGAACAGGCAAAACAGGCAUGCUUCCAGCCAACUAUGUAGAAGCAGUUUAAAUGGAGGAGACCAUAUUGACAUGGACAAUAGGAAGGCCCUUUAUGCCACAUCAGUUCAGUACAGUUCAUAACAGUCGCCAAAGAGCCUUAUUAUUUUCUUUCUCUUGAUACAUGUGAAGAAUUGUCUGGCAUCUAAAACUUUCAGGAAACAUUAUCCAUCCUAGUUUGACUAGGUAUUUAAACGAGAGUUUUGGAUACCUGAAAUUCAAUAUGCCAUCACUCCGGCUGAAUUUGCACGAUUCAGUCUAUUUUCAUGAAACAUUGAAUUGUAUUGGUUUACGUGGUUUUUCUUCUCAAGAGAUGCAGUGAUCUCACAUGAUAGUCUAAACACAGCUGAAUGUAUCCAUGUCUGUUUCUAGUAUACAACACCUUAAACUAGUCAAAGUGGAAAGCUUCUCUUCUGCUCUACUUAGAGAACGCUGGUGCAUGCAUUUUAAUCUGCGUGUUCUUGGGUCGCAGUGCUGUAAUUCCCUCUCAAGUGAGUGACUAAUAAAUGUCAUGUUUCCGCAAA